GACCUCGAGGAAUUUCAAGCAAGUAACCAGUGAUAAAUCCAUCGGCAAGCGACUCAGCAAUCUUCAGCAUGUACUUCAACUUCCAUUCCGUUGCGUGCGCAAUCACUGCACUCCUCACCUUUCAAGCUGCAGCUGUACCCAUCAGCGUCAACCCCUUGGCCCAAGGAGCAUCUGUAGAAUCUCCCGCCGGGGACGUCCGCACCUACUACCAAGCCGGCGACGGAUCCAUUAUCGAAGUCACCCCCAAUUUCCCCGCCAGCUCGGGGUACGUCAGUAAGGUGUUAAUACCCGCCGGUGUGGCGAGACUCAAUACUCCUCUAGCGGCUAUAUCCUGGGGAGCAUUUGACGAGAUCCACCUAUACUACAUCGGCGUCGGCUUCACCAACACGCAGUUGCGCGAGAAGAUCUAUAAAUCGGGUGUGGGAUGGGCAGAUGGCGGACUCAAUGCUCUUGGAUACACGGUGCAGACCACCACUAGUUUCCUGACGGCGUAUCACGAUGGGACCACCGUGGCGGCAAGCACGUGGCGCGUCGCUUUUGUGUGUUCUACUUUGGGAUUGCCUGUGGCGGGCAGUCUUUGCGAAGCGUCGAAGACGUCAUCAACUCCCUGGGCCGUCGCGGCUUAUGCUUAGCUCGGGGGUAUUCCCCAGGAGAUCUGAGGCCUAUAAUAGUGUGGCCGACAGGGGAAGGGGGUUCAAACCUCCUCAACUUUUCCAGUCGACGAUGAUUUGAUUUCCCGAUUUGUGGGAUAUGGAAUGAUGGGGCUUAAAUCUAUUUCUCAGGCUA